GCUCACAGAAACGCUGUAGCCAACUGGGCGCACUGUGUGCCCUGCCUGCAUUAAAACGAAUUCGGGUCACGGUCGUGCAAAAAUGGCACUAUAGACGCUUUAGAUCGGCUGCAGUGCCGCCCUCUGCUCGCAGGCUCGAGGAAAGGGUCUCGCGCCCCCUGACAAGCUGUCAUUCAAUCCUUUUUGGCGGCGUGCACGCGCUCGCCCUCGCGGGGUUCCACCACAGUCGCUCUUCCCUCGCGGGGUCCCUGAUAGAGUCGCGCUUCACCGGAGGGACAGGGAGGCAGCGACUGGGAGACGGAGACGGGAGGAGCGGGCGGAACUAAGAGGGAUAAAGACACCAACUAUCAGCUGGAAUCCAGAUAAAAUCCCUGGCCCUGCCACGGCCAACCAUCAUUUCACACCGGAUUUAAUCCGCCCACGACAAGCCACCGACUGAUGUAAGAGGGAGGGAGGAAAGGAAAAUCGUUUCGGAAAGGAGAUGCUUCUGCUGUCUGAAGAUAUUUCAUGUUGAACUGACGUGAGCAGCCAUGACGAAAUCCUACGAGUUCAACUGGCAGAAGCAGGUCCCGGCCUUUCUGCAGGAGGGGGCCUCCUUCGACAGGUUUGAGGAGGAUCCGUUUGUGUUCGAAGCGAACUGCCUUUUUAAAGUGGACGAGUUCGGCUUCUUCAUCACGUGGAAGAGCGAAGGAAAGGAGGGACAGGUCUUAGAGUGCUCCCUGGUCAACAGCAUCCGCACGGGACCCUUUCCCAAGGACCCUAAGAUCCUGCUUUCACUGGAGGCUGCUGGGAAGCCCGAGGGCGAGCUGGAGGGCUGCAUGAUCUGCGUGUGCAGCGGCACCGACCUGGUCAACCUCACCUUCACCUACAUGGUGGCCGACAGCCCCGACGUCGCCAAGCAAUGGACGGAAGGCUUGAAGUCGGUGAUUCACAACUUCAAAGCGAACAACGUGUGUCCCAUGACCUGUCUGAAGAAGCACUGGAUGAGGUUGACGUUUCUGACAAACGUGAGCGGAAAGAUCCCAGUGAGAAGCAUCACGAGGACCUUCGCCUCUGGGAAGACGGAAAAGGGCAUCUUCCAGGCCCUGAAGGACCUGGGCCUUCCCAGCGGAAAGAAUGAAGAAAUUGAGCACUCAGUGUUCACCUUCGACAUCUUCUACGCCCUCAUCCAGAAGAUCUGUCCCAGAACCGAUAUAGAAGAGCUAUUCAAGAAAAUCAACGGAGACAAAACUGAUUAUUUAAGCGUAGACCAAUUAGUCAGCUUUCUGAAUGAACACCAACGGGACCCGCGCCUGAACGAGAUCCUAUUUCCGUUCUAUGAUCAUAAACGAGCCAUGCAGAUCAUAGACAAGUAUGAGAGGGACCCAGAACUCAAGAAGAAAGGCCGCAUGUCGAGCGACGGGUUCUGCCGGUACCUGAUGUCGGACGAGAACGCGCCGGUGUUCCUGGACCGGCUGGAGCUGUACCAGGAGAUGGACCAGCCGCUGGCCCACUACUUCAUAAGCUCCUCCCACAACACCUACCUGACGGGCCGCCAGUUUGGGGGGAAGUCCUCCGUGGAGAUGUACCGACAGGUGCUGCUAUCAGGGUGCAGGUGUGUGGAGCUGGAUUGUUGGGAUGGGAAGGGGGAAGACCAGGAGCCGAUUAUUACGCACGGAAAAGCCAUGUGCACCGACAUCCUCUUCAAGGAUGUCAUUCAGGCCAUUAGAGAGACGGCGUUUGUGACCUCUGAUUACCCCGUGAUUCUGUCCUUCGAAAACCACUGCAGUAAGCCGCAGCAGUAUAAGAUGGCGCGGUACUGUGAGGAGAUGUUCGGGGACCUGUUACUGAAGCAGCCGCUGGAGCCUUUCCCCAUCGAGAGCGGGCGACCCCUGCCUUCCCCCACCGACCUCAAGAGGAAAAUCCUAAUCAAAAACAAGCGCUUGAAACCGGAAGUAGAACAGAAGCAGCUGGAGUCCUUUAAGAAGCACAUGGAGGCGGGAGAGAGCAGCAGCCCGGCCAACAUCCUGGAGGACGACAACGAGGAGGACCUGGAGAUCGCUGACGGUAAAGAGGGGAACCCUGAGCCCGGUGACAAGGAAACGCACGUCAACAGCGUGAAAAAGCUUCCUGACGAGGAGGCCACAGAAGUAUCGGAGGUCACGGAAGCGACAGACGUGACAGACAUAUCGGAGUCCUCCGACCAGGACAACAACAAGAAGCAGGGCGGCGAGGCCGUGGAGGACGACGAGCAGGCCCUGAUCGCCUCCUACAAGUACGUGGGGGCCACAACCAACAUCCACCCCUACCUCUCCGCCAUGGUCAACUAUGCCCAGCCCGUCAAGUUCCAGAGCUUCGAGGUGGCAGAAGAGCGAAAUGUCCACCACAACAUGUCCUCCUUCAACGAGUCUGUGGGCCUGGGCUACCUGAAGACCAACGCUCUGGAGUUCGUCAACUACAAUAAGAGGCAGAUGAGCCGUAUCUACCCCAAAGGCGGCCGGGUGGACUCCAGCAAUUACAUGCCUCAGAUCUUCUGGAACGCAGGCUGCCAGAUGGUGUCCCUCAACUUCCAGACCCCAGAUCUGGCCAUGCAGCUGAACCAGGGCAAGUUUGAGUAUAACGGGGCGUGUGGGUACCUGCUGAAGCCAGACUUCAUGCGGCGUUCUGACAGGAUGUUCGACCCGUUCUCUGAAACCCCUGUGGAUGGUGUAAUCGCUGCCACCUGCAGUGUGGAGGUGUUCUCGGGCCAGUUCCUGUCGGAUAAGAAGAUCGGCUCGUACGUGGAGGUGGACAUGUACGGGCUGCCCACGGACACCAUCCGCAAGGAGUUCCGCACGCGCAUGGUGAUGAACAACGGCCUGAACCCGGCCUACAACGAGGAGCCCUUCGUCUUCCGCAAGGUGAUCCUGCCGGACCUGGCUGUGCUCAGGAUCGCCGUGUACGACGACAACAACAAGCUGAUUGGCCAGCGCAUCCUGCCGCUGGACGGGCUGCAGGCGGGGUACCGCCACAUCUCCCUGCGCAACGAGGGCAACAAGCCGCUGUCGCUGCCCACCGUGUUCUGCAACAUCGUGCUCAAGACCUAUGUGCCCGACGGCUUCGGGGAGAUCGUGGACGCCCUGUCUGACCCAAAGAAGUUCCUGUCGAUCGCAGAAAAGAGGGCGGACCAAAUGAGGGCCUUGGGGAUCGAAACCAGUGACAUCGCCGACGUGCCGAACGACAGCUCUAAGAACGAUAAGAAGGGCAAGGUGAACCAGGUGAAGGCCAACGUGACGCCCCAGACCAGCUCAGAGACGGGACAGCCCACCACCAACCAGACCGUCUCCAACGAGCCCAGGAAAGAUACGGGUGGUCUGGUGCCGCAGACCAGCAUCGAAGACUUGAAACAGAUGAAGACGUACCUGAAACUGAUAAAGAAACAACAAAAAGACCUGAACUCAUUGAAGAAGAAGCACGCAAAGGAUCACAGUGCAAUGCAGAAGAUCCACUGCUCCCAGGUGGAUAAGAUAGUAGCUCAACAUGACAAGGACAAGCUGGUCCACGAAAAACUGCUGGAAAAGGCCAUCAAGAAGAAAGGAGAGAAUAACUGCCUUGAACUGAAGAAGGAAACAGAAAUCAAAGUCCAGACACUGACCUCUGACCACAAGGCAAAGGUGAAGGAGUUGGUGGCCCAGCACACCAAGGAGUGGUCGGACAUGAUAAACUCACACAGCGCGGAAGAGCAGGACCUGAAGGACCAGCACGUCCUGCAGCAGUGUGAGCAGCUGAGGAAGCUGAUGCUGGCAGUGCAGGAGCAGCAGACUGCGCAGCUCAAACUCAUCCACGAACGACAGAGCAAAGAGAUGCGCGCCAACCAGGCCAAGUCAUCCAUGGAGAACUGCAAGGCCAUCAGCCAGGACAAGAGCAUCAAAAACAAGGCCGAGAGGGAGAGGAGAGUACGGGAGCUGAACAGCAGCAACACAAAAAAGUUCCUUGAGGAAAGGAAAAGGCUGGCCAUGAAGCAGUCGAAGGAGAUGGAGCAGCUGGAGAAGAGUCAGCGUGAGCAGCUGGACAACCUGGAGAAAGCCAACGAGCAGCACUUGAAAGCACAUGAACAGUCUAAGUGCCAAGGCGAAGGACAUGCAGCAGAUGGUGAAGCUGGAGGCACAGAUGGACCGCAGACCAGCCACAGUGGUGUGAAGUACCCGCCCACUAACUGAGUCAGGCCCCGCCCGUGGCCACACCCACCCAGAAACCCCCGCCCCCCUGGCCCCUCCCCCUGCCACUGUCUCCAGUGCUGCCGGAGGGGUGGGGUCAGGGGGCCGCUCCGUACAGAAACACCUCCACCUCACCCGAUACCCAACAGCGCCGCCCUGGAGGUGUGACUCACCUGACAACUGCGGAGCUUCACCUGCAGCCUCCACUCGCCAUCUCUGCUGGCCUCCAUCUUCUCUCAUUUUAGCACCAUUUUAUAUAGGUUUUUUUAAUGCAUCGUUGUCUGCAAAUAGCAAUAUUUGUUGGACGUGAGAUUAUCUGUUUUUACCUACCUGUCAAUGGUUUUAUGUCACCUGGGUUUUAGGCCUAAUAUAUUCAAAGAAUAUUUUUAAACCUUUUUUUUCUUCUUCUUUUUUGUUAAGUUUGUUUAUAUGUUAGUGCAUAAUCACUGUAGCUGCACCAUAACAAUAAUAAUGGAAAAAGAAAGUAUCUGAAUAAUCGGCAUUCGCUAAAAGUUGAGUAUUACGUUAUGGGCACUUUGAAAAACUCCAGGCUGUGAAGGAGGUUCAAAUGUAGCGAUGCACUGGCAUAAUCUGUGAGUUGAGCGUAUCGUAUGUGGAAUGUACAAGGUCAUAACUCUACGGGUGGCUGAAAGAAAAAUGUGCAAAAAUAUUUAACACUGAAGGAAUCCCCUAAGAUGGCGGCUGCUGUUCCACAAGCAUUUCACCCCUGAUCUCUGACCAGCGUUCCCCAUUUAUUCCCCUUUUUAGAAAAACGUCUUAAAAAUGUUUUUACAUCACAGACACUGUCAGAGGAACGGAACACUUAUUUACCACGCUCUUAUUUAUUUGUAUUAUUUAUUUAUUUUUUUGGAAGUUUUUCACCCCAAUUUUUUAUCGUUCAUUUCCUCCAAGUUGUGAUCGAUAAGUCGAUAAGCACCCUGGUCUUGCCGCCAGUUUGUGAGAACGCAGACACUCUCCUCCAAACACGACGGCUGUUAGCUGGUCCACAGUGGAGCUAGCAAACAGUCAUUGUGCCAGAGGAUUGCAGUUCAGAGUUCAAAACUGCUGGUUCCCACUGCAGCGCGCGCACACACACACACACACACACACACACACACAUUAGCACACGCUCAGUUUCAUAAACGCUUUAAUAACAUGCAUACACACAUCCAUAAACACACUCUCGCUCACACACGCAUUCAUAAACGCACAUGCAGAGGACUGAUGCUUAGUUUGCUGCUCAAUAAUACCAGUAUAAUGGAAACAGGUGAGAAGUGAUGUCAUCACUUCAGACAGGCUAAUUACUGGCUAACUAAACUCCCAUAUCCCCCAAUCAGUACACAGACUACUGCCAUUACAUUCUGUACGACUGUGAAUAGUAUUUGUGUGUGUGUGUGUGUGUGUGUGUGUGUGUUCAUGGUGCUGAUCACGGUACUUUCAAGACGGUACUUGUCCCAGAUUUGACCUGGAAUGACUUCGUGAGUAGAAUGUUGUGGUUUGGGUGCUGUUGCCGAGCGACUGACUGACACGUACCGUCACGUGUGGAGCAGGGGAGCACCGUUACCAUGGUAAACUUCAUUAGGUGGCGUUGCUGCUGUCCUGAAAAAACAGCAAGACAAUUAAUAAUGUACAGUCACGUGCCAGAACCAGAAAUGCUGGGAAAAAAUUAUACACUGGGAAGAAUUACAUGCUACACUGACUGUAUUUGCUAACUAGUGCAGUUAGCACGGUUGUGUUCGCUAACUAGUGCAGUUAGCACGGUUGUGUUCGCUAACUAGUGCAGUACCGCAGCUGUAUUUGUUAACUAGUGCAGUUAGCAUGGAUGUAUUUGCUAGGUGGGGUAGUAGUGCAGUUCUGUUUGUGGACUAGCGCAGUACAGGGAGCUGGACCUUGUGAAGACAGCAGCAUUCUCCCUACGUGCCCCUCAGUACAAAAUCGGCUGUACUGGCCUGGGUAAUGGCUGUACUGGGCUGGGUAAUGGCUGCUCUCAGUGUUAAAGGCAAGGUUAGAUUGGAACGGGCCCCACUGACGGCUGGGUAGUAGUCCUCUGAUAGGGCAACUGCGUUAUACCAGACUAUCCUGGAUUUUCUUGUAGUUUAGGGAUCUAACCAGAGAGAAAGAACUCCACACCCCCACCACCACCACCACCCUUAUAUUAACAUGUUGAACAACCAUAGGCAUUACAUUAUGGAGUGCUUUAGUGUGCACUACACAGUAUAUGUAAACUACAGUAUAUCCUUGAUGAAAACACCAUUACUUCACACAAGUGUACACUACAUUACAGCAUUUUAUGCUGAAGGGUUUUAUUAGUGUUCACUCUUGUGACACCAGUGUCCAGUAGAGCGUAGUGUAGGGUGGUUCUGUGCUGCGGUAUCCUGCUGUAUCCUUGUGUUUCGUGUGCGAUGAACCCACAGUGCUGCCUGUGGGUCAGCGCACUGCGUCUGUGCCACGUACUGCAUGUUUCUGUCCAAUGGCAGAGAAACCAGGUCACUGCUGUCCAAUGACAGACAGACAGCUGGUCACUGCUGUCCUAUCAGAGUGCUGGGUUUUUGUGAGUCUGGCAUGGGGAAUGUCUCUUAACUAUAGGCAGCUGUGUUCAUAGAUUAUUGGCCAAUGGCAAGACAUUAUUGAUUGACCAAAAGCUAAAAGUAUUUCCUUUCUAUUAAAGUACGAGAAUAGAGUAAAAUGUACCACUAUUUUUCUUUUCUUUUUCUACUGUUGUAGUACACAUAAUUCUAUAGAGACACUUUAUUGUAUAUACUGGAAUGUAUGUAGUUAUUUUCUGACCAAACGUGUUCUGCAGUAUAUCAGUAAUCUUAAGGGCUCUGGGAUGAGGGCGUGUUCAUUACCCGGGAAGACAAUAAUCAUUUCAGUUAUUUCAGUUAUCUCUCCGUCUCCAUCCACCUUCCAGCAUCAUAACAGUAAAUUAUGGUCAUCACAUAUCUAGAGCGAUAUUAUAAGAAGUGCUUUUAUAUUCGAAUUUGCUAUUUGCUUUUACACUGAAAUGCGCCACUCAGUCCUAAAUCUGGUUGGACAUUUCAAGUUAUUCUACAAAUAAAUGCCAAAAUAAGGGGUAAUUUAUAUAUGAAUAAAUAUAUAUAAUAUAUAAAUAUGGAAAAUAUAGCAGGUAGUAUAAGACUAUAUUAGGGUUUGUUAUUAGAAUACUCUUUACACGUGUACGUUUUUUAUGUUGUGUGACCUCAUGUAACCAUUGCUAUGUAGUUGUAAAAGCAGAUUAUUUUUGCAAAAUAUUGUUGCUUUUACUUUUAAAACAAGUUUGUUUUUUCCUUUUUAUUUUAAUGU